AGCGUCACACAAGUCUUGUAUUUAGCGUCCUUGGCGGCCAUGUUUGACUUGCAGAGCCUUUGUUUGGAAAACAAACAUCCUGUUCUGGGCAAAGGAUGUGCACCUGGCGCAGUUCAUGGCGAUCUUCAGUCUCAGGUGGCGCGCGCUGCGGACAGGGCGACCAGUGAAGAUGGCGCGGGACACCUGUCGGAUCUUUAGUGUCGCUUACUUAUCUACAUUUAUCUGCUGUUUAGUACCUGCAACAGCGCACCCUCAUGAGGCGGAAGUAGCGGUGAACCUGGACCAUGAGACUCAUCUGUAUCAACAUUUGCUGGAAGACCGCCAUUACGUAAGGCAUCUACGACCGGCUGCCGCCCACAACGACUCCGUCGUCGUCGAUGUGCAGCUUGCGGUGACCGCUGUCGCUGGUCUGGUCACAUCAACUGGUAUCUUGGAUGUUACUCAAAGGCUGACACUUAAAUGGCAAGACCCACGCCUGAAGUGGAAUGCGACUGAUUAUGGAGGUGUCGCAGGACUUAGCCUACCAAUAUCCCAGAUAUGGACGCCGGAUGUUGGCCUCCUUGGCGGGAACCAGGUGUCUUAUCAGCUGUUGACUGGAAAGCACGCCACAGUCGAGAAUGACGGCAAAGUCACGUGGACCUGUGACGUCAUGAUGAACGUUCGCUGCCGCAUGGAUCUCUCGGACUUUCCCUACGACACCCAGACGUGCACCCUCGCUUUCGGUUCGAGCAUCAGUCUGGACGAAUCUGUUCAUUUCCACAUCUCAAAGUCGCUGCCGGAUUCGUUAAUUGGUUCGGCGCAAGAUCACGUGGACACAAGCCUGCUUGAUGAAUGGUUGUUUUUAGGAGACGAGGUGUCACUGCUGGAUCCUGCGCAUGACGUCGAGAUUGUGAUCAGCCUCGUCAGACGGUCUCAGCUUUACCAGUACCUGGUGGUCGGCCCUGUCGUUCUCUUGGCCAUGCUCGUCCCCUGCGUCUUUCUGCUUCCUGCGGAUUCUUCAGCCAAGAUAACGCUUGGGGCUGUGGUGCAAGUGUCUAUCUGCUUAUGUCUGAGGACUAUCUGCGACAUGGUGCAUGGCAGCCACGGAUCAGUCCCCAGGAUUGCUGUCUUCAGCGUCGCCAGCUUGGCACUAACUAGCAUUAGCAUCACCAUGGCCGCCAUUGUCAUGUCGCUGGCAUCAAGAGGAGCUGUCCGCAAACACGUUCCUUCGUGGCUGUCUACGAUCUUCCUUGGUCGGUGUGGCUUACGACGCUGGUUGUGCAUGGACAUGUAUCCCCCCGUCGAACAACAACCGCCAUUUCUGAACCUCAAACACGGCAGCGAAACUGUUGACGCCGAUGCUGACGCGUCGUCGCUCAAGGGAGGCGACUCUCUGGAAGCAAGGGAGGUCACUCGCAGUACUCGACUCAUCCCGGGUCGAUUCCCAGCAGAUCGCUGCCUGCCUCAAGGUGGAGAGUGGCGUGAAAUCGCCCGCGUCAUCGAUCGUCUUCUUUUCCUUGUGUUCGUCAUCCUUUUCAUGCUCACUUCCAUCUCACUUUUGAGUUGACAUUGCCCGACCUGACGUCAUUGCCAUAUUUUAUCAGAAGUAUUAUUAACAGCUUUAUCUGUCAUCAUUGAAACAUGUCUCAUCUGAAAUAAAUGCUCGUGUUGAGUAUUCCAGCCAGUAGUGUUGUGCGUAGUACUCUUGAGUAAUUUGAAUGAGAAGAUUAGAUGAAACUGGCUCAAAGCUCUUCCUCACUUCUCUCUCUAAAUAUAUACAUGCAGA